AUGGAUACCAUUACUCUCCUUCAGGGUGACCCUGACUCCAACCUCACUCCUCUAAUUCUCGUGCACGCCAUAUCUGGCCUUGCACUGCCAUAUUUUGCUCUCGGCCCCCUCUCCGAGAUCGAAGAAGAUCGCCCCGUAUAUGGCAUCUCCUCACCAAUGUUCACAUCAACCUUGGCAAAUCCACCGGGUGAUACCUUGUCGCAGAUGGCAGAGGAAUAUGUUACAACUGUCCGUCGUGAGAUCCAGCCAUUUGGGCCCUAUCUUCUAGGGGGCUGGUCUAUGGGUGGCAUGAUCGCAAUGGAGAUGGCAGCAAUACUCCAGGCACAAGGCGACGAAGUACCACACGUUAUACUGAUUGAUUCAGUAAAUCCAAGGUACUUUCCAGCAUUUCAAGACAAGAAACAACACGAUAUACAGGCGGCAUUAACAUACAAUGCUAUUGCUACUCGAAUGAAUGCCCCUGCGAUUCCAUUAUUUCAAUGCGGCCUGUUUGAAGAUGACUAUUAUAGCAGCAGCGGUGACGAGAGCAACAACGACAGCGAUACCGAAGAGUUUGCGGAAGACUUGUCCGUACCCGAAAUGUUAGGAAGGAUGAGGAAACAUAUCCACCAGGGACUUGGUGUUUUGGCCUCCCAAAAGAGCAGAGUGGAUGAGUUCGAUUUUAGUGAAACGGAAGUCACGUUGAUCAGAUGCACAGUCCGCGAGAGCAUAGAUUCUCUAGUCAACGACCGGCGCAAAAUACUCGCACAGAAGCGAUCUCAGGACAAUACGCUACUAUGGCCGGCUGAAAAUUUUAAGUCGUUCAAGACCCUUACUAUUGACGCUACACACGACGGUUGUUUCGACGCUGAACAUGCUGAUGAACUGACGUUCCUUGUCAAGGACGUGUUGGACAAUCUUGAGUAUUGA